CACCAUUACAUUUGCCCUUACAUAAUCUAUUAAACAAGCUGGUAAAUAUCAUUAAUGAGCCAUUAAAAAGCAACCAUUGUGCUUGCUCUAAAUGGUUGGAGUAGUUGCAAAUUGCAAUUCUGAUUUCACUUAAAACGACCCACUUACAAUUCUGAGUUCAGUUAAAACACUUACUACCCAACAAAGGCGUAAUUAAACAGAGGAUCUACAGCAAAAUCUAUCUUCAGACGAAUAACAACAAGAAGAAGAUUGAAUUCUCCGUUACUUCACCUCCGCCUAGAAUUCUACGAAUUUCCUUCCACAUCCUCCUCCAAUGGCGACCCUCUCCGCCUUCUCUUCUCCUCCAUGGCCAAACCCUAAUUCCGAUAACAACUCCAACCCUAACUUUCUCGCUUCCCGCGACCCGGAUGACGCGCAAUUGGAGCCCCAAUCUGAUGCUCUUGAUGCUAUCUCGUCGUGGAGUCUCGAUCCUCAAGAACACGCGGAUCAGCCGGUUUCUGACCCUGCUCCUUCCUUAAUUCCUAACCACAAUUUCAAUUCACCCGUCUCCUCCCCGCCGGAGACUGUCUCCCCGGGGGCACCGCUUUCUCUUUAUCAUCUCUCGUUUAAUCAAGAUUUUGGGUGCUUUGCUACCGGCACAGACCGGGGUUUUAGGAUCUAUAAUUGCGACCCCUUCCGAGAGAUCUUUCGCCGCGAUUUCGAUCGCGGCGGUGGUAUAGGAGCUGUUGAGAUGCUUUUCCGGUGUAAUAUUUUGGCGAUUGUUGGUGGUGGUCCGGAUCCUCAGUAUCCUCCGAAUAAGGUCAUGAUUUGGGACGAUCAUCAGAGUCGAUGUAUUGGGGAAUUGUCGUUUCGUUCUGACGUUCGAUCCGUAAAGCUCCGGCGGGACCGGAUUGUGGUUGUCUUGGAGCAGAAAAUAUUCGUUUACUAUUUUUCGAAUUUGAAGCUCUUGCAUCAGAUUGAGACUAUCGCGAAUCCCAAGGGGCUAUGUUCGGUGUCACAGGUGGCCGGGUCUUUGGUGCUGGUGUGUCCUGGAUUGCAGAAAGGGCAGGUGAGGGUUGAGCAUUACGCAUCUAAGCGAACUAAGUUCAUUAUGGCGCAUGAUUCCAGGAUUGCCUGUUUUGCACUCUCCCAAGAUGGGCAGUUUCUAGCAACAGCUAGUACCAAGGGGACUCUUGUUCGGAUAUUCAAUACCGCUGAUGGGACCCUUUUGCAAGAGGUACGAAGGGGUGCAGAUAGAGCAGAGAUUUAUAGUUUGGCUUUCUCUUCUAGUGCCCAGUGGCUAGCAGUUUCAAGUGAUAAGGGCACUGUACAUGUUUUCGGCCUCAAGGUCAAUUCAGGAUCCCCAGCGAUUGACAGGGCACAAAUUGCAUCGGAUCCAAAUCAUUCUGUAGUGUCACCAUCCUCAUCUCUGUCUUUCUUUAAAGGAGUUUUGCCCAAGUAUUUCAACUCUGAGUGGUCUGUGGCUCAAUUCCGCUUGCUUGAAGGUUCGCAGUAUAUGGUUGCUUUUGGUCAUCAGAAGAAUACAGUGGUAAUUCUAGGAAUGGAUGGAAGUUUCUAUCGCUGCCAAUUUGACCCAGUGAACGGAGGGGAAAUGACUCAGUUGGAGUAUCACAACUUUCUGAAACCAGAAGCAGCCUUCUGAAAGGAUUUAUUUUCUAUGACGAUACAUAUGAACAUCAUAAAUGGCCGGAAUAUGAUUUUGCAGAAGAGUAUGAUAACCCCAUGAGUAGAGGAGGGCUAUUGCACUUACUGGAUGGAUGCUGUUCCUCUGAAAUAUUACCCGACUGUUGGCUGUUCCUACGAAAUAUUCCUCUGAAAAAGGCAGAAUGGGCACCGGUGCAAAUUGCCAAAUUCCCUGCAUGCUAGCAAGGGCCAACUAAUCAAAGGACAGGAUGGUGAAUGGUGAAUGCUGAAUGUGCUGCUUCUUUUUUCUUUGUUGGGAGUAGGGGUUGGGGUUCGAAUCUCUGUCUCAGAGGACAAAAGGGAUAGAAUUAGGGGUGUCCACGUUCGGUUUUUAACAUAAAUUUAAUCGAUCAGUUAUUGACGAUUUGGUCAGUUUUUUUGGUUUUUGGAUCGGUCUUCACCAACAUAUAUUUGACAAUAAUCGAUCAAAAGGUUGUUUCGAUCCAAA